CCAGUACCACCUCGACUCCCCUCGCACCAUGUCCGAGCCAGCCAAGAAGAAGCAGCGUCUCGUCGAUGUCGCAAAGAAGGUCAUUGACGUGAUGCGCGUUGAGAGGACGUCGGAGGCGCACAUGAUCCUCCGCGAGUACGUCGGCAACGAGAUCCAGAAGAGACCGGGUGAUGUCCCAGGUAUCACGCAUCCAGGCUCGACAGGUGUCAUUUACUGCACUGACCGUGCCAUGGCCAAUGGCUUCUCGUACGACAAUCCCGACUGGGGAAACAUGGGACAAGGUGCUCCAGAGGUCGGCCCACUGCCCGAUGCCCCGCCGCGCCCCACGGCACUCGACUUUGACACCGAAGGCGAGCUCAUCCACGAGUAUGCCCCUACUGCCGGAGUCAAGCAGCUCCGCAAGGCCGUUGCCAAACUCUACAACGAGACGUAUCGCAAGGGAAUGGCCAGCCAGUACACUUACGAGAACGUCUGUAUUGUUCCAGGCGGCCGAGCUGGGAUGAGCCGCGUCGCUGCGGUCAUCGGUGACGUGUACUGCGGAUACCAGAUCCCAGAGUACACUACCUACUCCGAGGUACUUGCCGUGUUCAAGCGGCUCAUCCCCAUCCCUACGCCGCUCCUCCCGGAGAACAACUACCACUUGGACAUUGACCGCCUUAAGAGGGACAUUGCGACGUUCAGCCUCAGUGUGGUGGUGAUGUCGAACCCUCGCAACCCCACUGGACAGUGCAUUGAAGGCGAGGACCUCAAGAAACUCGUUCGCAUCGGCGACGGCCAGACGACCAUCAUUCUCGACGAGUUCUACUCCUUCUACAAGUACUGGGAGGACGAGUCGCGCCUUGGCGAGUCGUUGAGCGGGGCAGCGUAUGUUGACGAUGUCAACCAAGACUCGGUUGUCAUCAUCGACGGCCUUACCAAAGGCUUCCGCCUGCCCGGAUGGAGGGUGUGUUGGGUUGUCGGGCCCAAGAAGCUCAUUUCGGCGGUCGCCAGUUCGGGCUCGUUCCUUGACGGAGGUGCCAACCACCCACUCCAGAUUGCUGCGAUCCCCCUCCUUGACCCUGCCCGUGUGCACAAGGAGAAGAUUGCCCUGCAGAAGACGUUCAAGGCAAAGCGAGACUAUGUGCUUGACCGGCUCUCCAAGAUGCCGGGACUCAAGGUCCAUCCCGAGCCGCACGCAACGUUCUACAUUUGGCUCGACGUCUCGGGCCUGCCUGCUCCCCUUGACGAUGGCCUCGUCUUCUUUGAGGAACUACUCAAAGAAAAGGCCAUUUGUGUCCCUGGUAUCGCCUUCGACAUUGACCCGGCGGCACGGAGGAACCUGUUCGAGUCGCCUUGCCAUCACUUUGUUCGCCUUUCGUACGGGCCCAAGAUUGAGAAUCUCAAGAAGGGUAUGGACGCCAUCGAGCGUGUCCUUGCAAAGCACGCAGAGGCAGCACACUUGAUGGGCCAGGGAUAUCAGAGAUCAGACAAUGCUGAGGCCGUCGGUACAAACCACGGUUAGUGAGGUAGAAUGGCUUAUGCAACAG